GAUGGUAGAAAACAAAUGCUAGUAGCCAGAGUAAUGAUAUGCCUUUGAACCUCCAUUUCUUCGCUGUAUAUUCUUUUCGUGAUCAUCGCAACCUCGUGCUAGGCAAAUACCUAUCGCCCGUCAUCUGGAUACACAAACGACUAGCGUGGCUCCAACCUUCAUCUUCUCCAGAGCCUCAUCCGCAGAGCCUCAUUCACCCUCCCUCAAACCGCCACUAUGUCCUCCGACACUCCUCUGCUCGAUCCUUCCAUCUUCUCCCACCUCCAGGAGAAGCUCGAUGAAGAGACCGCCGUUCGUGAUAACCUCACCCAGAUUAUCCAGCGUCUCGAGCGCGCCGUUGCCACCGCUCAAGGUCUUCUCUCUCGCGUCCACUCUACGCCCCGCGCUCGCUACCCUGCGCUUGUGUCACAGGUUGAGGAUGUUAUCAAGGAAGAGGCCACUAUUGUGAAGGAGCUGAAUGAGGUGGCUAGCAAGCACCCAUACUACAAAUACAACAGCAAGUGGGCGAGAACCGUUCAAAAUGCUAUCGGCACCGCUGUCUACACUGCCUGGCUCGGCGGUCUAGGCUCUGACUCCCAGCCUGCUUCUCUCGGUCGCCUUCUCACUCUCGAGCAAGUUGGCGAGGUCUUCCAGGUCCCUACAAACCUCAAGGACCGUGAUGCCUUCCACUUCACCAUCGAGGAGUAUCUCCUAUCUCUGACAGACCUCACCAACGAGCUUGCCCGUCUGGCUCCCAACGCUGUCACCCUCGGAGACUUUGAGCUUCCUCUCGUCAUUAGCGGGUUCAUCAAGGAUCUCUUCGCCGGGUUCCAGCUUCUCAACCUCAAGAACGACAUUCUCCGCAAGCGAGCUGAUGCUGUCAAGUAUGACGUCAAGAGAGUCGAGGAUGUUGUCUAUGACCUGAGCCUGCGUGGACUGGUCAAGAGGGCUGGCGAGGGUGACACAGAGAUGGCUGCUACCGAGUAGGUCGUUUAUAUAGGUAGAAUAUCCGACAUCUCAAAGUUGAGAGCAUAAAUCAAUGAUUAAAACUGGCCGCAGGUAUCAGGCCCAUCCAUGUACAGUUCAAAUUGGAAUCACAGUUAUGUAAACGACGUGGAAUAUGAAAGAUUUUAAUUCUU